AUGAUCAACGAUGGCGAGACAAAACGAAAUACCUAUAAAGUUCGAACGAGUGUUCCAUUGAGAGAAAGCUCAAUUGUAUCCUCUGCAAAAGGAUCCGACUCAUCCGAGUCAGACAAAUCCAAGUCCGAGUUCGAGUCUGAGUCUAAGAAUGCAAGCCUGAUUGCGGCGGCCGCUCAUGCUGCUGUGCCCAAUUGGGCGAAUCUGAUCUUAAUGGCCUCACUCAUAUUUGGAGGAUGCUGUGCCAAUGUAUUCGCAUUAGAAGCCAUCAUCAAAGAACAACCAACAGCUGGACCACUGAUAACAUUCGCCCAAUUCAUCAUUUGUGCCCUUUUCACACUCCCGCAUUUCCUCUCCCUCUCCGCCGGACCUCGAUCCCUCUUCCUCAGUCCUCGCGCAAUCCCACUAAAAUCAUGGGUAAUUUACACCUCUUUCUUCAUAACGGUAAACAUGUUAAACAACUGGGCAUUCGCAUAUAAAAUCUCCGUGCCAUUACACAUCAUCCUGCGCUCUGGUGGCCCCGUCGCAUCGAUUAUAGUGGGAUACAUAUUCAACGGCAAAAGAUAUUCGCGCGGUCAGAUUAUCGCUGUCAUGAUGUUAACCGCUGGUGUUGUUGCUGCUGCGUUAGCCGAUGCGAAAGCAAAGGGAGGAAAUGUUGUUUCAUCUGAUUCAGAUUCCGCGGCUGUUAUGGAUACGACCAUUGGGUUUACUAUCCUAGCACUUGCUAUGAUCUUAUCUGCUUUUCAAGGGAUCUAUGCGGAUCAAUUGUAUGCAACCUAUGGACGAGAUCAUUGGAAAGAAGCCCUUUUCUACUCGCAUACUCUUUCUCUUCCUCUUUUCAUGACGAGUUGGUCUCAACUCUCCUCGCAGUGGAGUGUCGUUACUUCUUCUCCGUCUCUGCGUGAUACAUUCCCGGAUUUAUCAGGAAGUGACUACUUGCCUACUUUUACAAGCUCAAUUCUUGCGACUCUCGCUGCGAUGGUUCAGAAAAGUGAUCUGCAUGCUCUACUGGAUUUCAUUCCUAUUCAGGUUGCGUACUUAAUUAUGAAUGCCUUGACGCAGUACCUCUGUAUCAGAGGUGUGCACCUUCUCUCUGCGAAGUCCUCUUCGUUGACUGUGACUGUGGUACUCAAUAUCCGCAAGCUUGUCUCCCUCCUAUUGUCCAUCUAUCUCUUUGGGAAUUAUCUGGGUUCGGGGGUUUUGCUUGGUGCUGUGUUGGUCUUUCUCGGUGGAGGUUUGUAUGGAUUUGAAGGUGCAAGACUUCGAAAGAUGAGUAUGAAGAAGAAUCAAUGA